GAAUAAAGUUAUGCUCGCUGUUAAGAACAGAGCCGCAGACUGUUAGUCUUUCAACAUUGUUGUCGUAGUAAACAAAACAAUUUGAGACUUAGUAAAAUUACGUAAAAAUACAAUAUAAACCAUGUCCGGCAGUACGGCGCGGAGCAGCUACAAACUCUUUGUGGGCAAUCUACCCUGGACUAUCAGCAGUAAGGAACUGCGCACAUACUUCUCCCGUUUCGGCCAUGUGGCCAAUGCCGAGGUGAUCUUCGACAAAAAUCUGGGCCUGUCCAAGUACUACGGCUUUGUGAUGUUCAGCCAGCGAGACGCCUACAACAGUGCCAGCAACCAGAACACACAUCUACUAGAGGGACGCGUGCUCAACGUGCAGCGAGCCAACGAGCAUACAUAGCUUUAGUGAAAUAACGCAUUGUAAUCAAAAUAUACACACAAUUUUAUUA